GAGGCUCUUUCUCUCUCUUUCUCUCUCUUUCUCUCCUGGGUGCAGGUCCCUGGAAGGACUGCAGACUUUCAGCUGCUUGGAAGAACUCAUUCUGGACAACAACCUUCUGCAAAACAACUUCCGCUUGCCCAGCUCGCCACACCUCCACACUCUGAUGCUCAACAAGAACCAAAUAACAGAGUUGGAGGGGUUGCUGGAUCACUUGGCUGAAGUAGCACCUUCCCUGGAGUUCCUUAGUUUGCUGGGAAAUUCAGCGUGUCCAAAUGAGCUGGUCUGCAGAGACAAGGAUGAAGGAGACUACCAACGAUACAGGUAUUUCGUCCUGCACAAAUUAACCAAGCUGAAGUUUCUGGAUUCUCGGAGAGUCAGCAGCAAGGAGCGCGAGGAGGCCGUUCUCAGGGGAUCCUUCAUGAAGGUGGUGAAGCCCCUCGAUCACCAG